CUUUUCACAAUGGCUGCAGCGGAGGGCAUUGAGAACAACUUCAGAGAAACUCAGAAACCGCUCAUCUUUCUCUACGAAUGUUGUCUAUACCACCCCGGGCACACGUGUUAACAGGUACAUUGGCCGCCUCCUGGAAGCCCGCCAGACAGAGCUGGAGAUGGCUGACCUGAACUUCUUCACUCUGAAGUAUAAGCAAGCCGAGCGAGAGCGAAAGUACCACCAGCUUCAGGACGAGUAUUUCACCAGUGCCGUCGUGCUUGCCCUCAUUCUGGCUGCCUUAUUUGGCCUUGUCUACCUUCUCAUAAUCCCACAGAGUCUGGCCCUCCUGCUUCUGUUGGUGUUCUGCAUCUGUUUCCUGGUGACCUGUGUUCUGUACCUGCACAUCACCCGGGUCCAGGUAUGUACAUGUACCUGUGUUUCACCUAAUUCAGGAAUACUCAUGAGUGUAUCCUAUACCUGCAUAUCUAGAGAAGUGCAUGUGUGUAUGUGUUGUAUACCUACACAACAUGUGGGUUGGUAUGUGCAUGGCUGCUGCCUAUUCUCCUAGCAUGGCUAGUCAGGAAAUGGAGGCAUUUUGCCCCCAUGCUCUCCUGGAAGGUAGAACAUGUUGUCUUCAUAGUAGGAAUGCAUUUGAGCACCUCGUGUGCUAGGCACUGUUGGGAGUUCUGGGAGCCUGCCCAAGGAUACAAGGAGUUGUGACUGAGAGUGAUUAAAUAAAUGAACAGGAGAUGUGAUGCUUUUCUCCCAGUGUGGAGCUUCCCUCAGGUCAGGAGAGUAUUGGUAGGUUGUGUGUUUGUGUCAUGGAUUGGGGCGUCCACACUAGCAAGGAUUGUGUUCUGACUUGCUGGUCUACAUGUUUGGGGCCACAGGGUGAGCUUGGCAGCCCUGCACAUCAUGAUCAGGGGGAAGACUCAGUUUUUCCCAGUCCUACAUUUCUUUCUCACAUCCCAACCUUUGUCUCCAAAUGUUUCUUUCCCUUCUAUCUCCACUGUCAUGACUGGCAGACCCAGUGUUAAUUUUACUUGUUCUUGAA